AUGGAGCACGCUGCUGUAGCUUGGAGGUCUGACUCCUGGGCUGCAGCCCUGGCCUCCUGCCCUCUGGAAGGGAAAGAGCGAAUCCUAUCUGUGACCUAUGAUAGCCAUGAAACUCCAAGCAGUGCAGAGCAUGCAUAUGAUCCCAGGGAUCCUCAGGAGCAUGGAUUGAUCUUGCCAAAUGGAGAUAUUAACUGGAACUGCCCAUGAGAAUGACCCCAGUGCGGAAUGGCCAGUGGCCCCUGUGAGGAACAGUUCAAGUGGGCCUUUUUCUACUUGCACUAUAGCACAGAGAAUGUCAAGCCAUCAGACUGUGUAGACCAAUUUUGGGCCAUGCAGGAAUGCAUGCAGAAAUACCCCAACCUCUAUCUUCAGAAGGAGGACGAGGAGGAGAAGCCAGUAGAACAUUUAGAACAGACAGCUCCCACUGAGGCCCCUGCAACCAAAGAAGAGCAGGGGUCAAGCGAAUGA